AAAGCAAUGCUUCUGAUAACAAUGAUUCAAUGUUGGUUAUUAAAGUCGACAACGAUGAAGAAGAGUCUAAUAAAUCAAAAAACAGACCUAAGGAAACUUUUAAUAUUAAGAUCCAGCAGAAUAAUAAAUUGAAAGAAGAAAACAAGAAAAAUAUGAACAAAAAAAAUCAAAAAAUUAAACGAAUCAGAAAAAAAAAUGUGUACAAAAUUAGACAAUUAUUCCUUAAACAAAAUUGUAAACGAAAUAUGCUCUUCAAACAAAUAAUUGAACAUGAAUAUUUGCUUCUAAAUCAAGAAAAUGAAUGA